AUGGCACUGGAACUUCAUAUGAACGAAAGAGACUUUGCUCAAGCGUACGGUGAGAACGAUUCAGUGCUGGAAGAGUGUUGGAGACGGACGUAUUAUAUCCUUUGCAUCGUGGAUCAGCAUCUCGCCGUCGUCACAAAUACGCCCUUCUAUUCGUUGCUUCUUAUACCAAACACGGUUGAUUUACCGUGUGAUGAUGAGUAUUUUGAAUCAGGAAACAUACCGCCUGUAGUGACAUGGGCUGAGUACCAAGUUCGUGAGUUUGCAGAGAUUGAGGUGGUCUAUUCGUCAACAGUGUAUCUUUAUGACAUUGCCAUGGUCAUCGCUUUUGUCAUGAACACUUUUCUCGACACUGCUGUAGUAAACGAGGCCCUGGUUGAGAACUGCGACACGAAACUCGCGAUCUGGUCAUCGUUGCUUCCGGCUUGCAAGAAGGAUCCACUUCGACUAAACGGCCAAGUAGAUGAGGUGAUAACUAUCUCUGCGCUGCAUCGGCCUUUCUCGUCACUGGGAUACUGUCCGGAGGAGAUGACUACGCAAGCUUUCCAAGCACCGUCUCCCUUCACACUUGCGCCAAAAGCUGGACGAAACGCACAUACCGCACGUGUACUCAAAGCGACAGAGAUCCACACCAAUCUCCUUGCAAUCCCAUGCGCCCUCGAAAAGCAUAACAUCUUCACCAUGUGCAUCACCUCACAACUUGCUGCCGUACAAGUGUCAGCGUGCACUUACAUAUUGGAUGGACAUGCGCUGUCGAUCGGACGGGAUCGUGUCCGUCUGAGUAUCGGCUUCGUCAACACAAUGGCGACUCUCUGGCCUCUCGGAAAGAAGAUGGCAAAGGAGGUUCGGGCUAUUGCACGGUCGUGUAUUUCCGGUACCUGCACCCAGGAUACCGCGGCCAUGGAUGCGGAAUAUGCGGGAGGUGAGAUCGACUUGGCGCGUGAUGAAUUGGUGUGGCCAGUUAAUCCUUCGGCGCAGAUCGAUAUCUACUCUGGUAUCGAGCUUCCUAUCGAUUGGGAUGCGACGUCUUUUAGCUAUUCGUCGUUGACGUCGUCUGAGCUGGUGUAA